AUGAUUGAUUGUCCUCUCUUGACACCACGACAACCUGCUAGGAAAAUAUCUGAUUUGCGUGCUGAUGAUAUCAAGGUGAUUAUUGGGAUUGGUGAUAGUGUUAUGGCUGGAUUUGGUGCGAAAGGUGUAAUAAAUCAGAAUUAUAUUAGUCUCAAUACAAUCAAAGAAGCUCGUGGUGUGUCUUUUGCUAUGGGUGGGGAUCAAGGAAUUGUGUCACUACCAAACUUGAUCCAAUACUAUUCACAUGAUCUUUAUGGCUCUUCUAUUGGUGAACAAAUUAUUACAGUCUGUUUUGGGGAUCAAUUCUGUCCUGUUGGUCAAUACAAGGAAUCCAUUGACGUACUAAAUGCAGCGCAAUCUGGUGCAAGAAGUUUGAAUCUGAAUCACGAAUUGGAUUACCUUUUACAACAACUGGAUAAAGCAUAUAAAAACAAUCAAGCACAUUCAUCUGAUUGGAAACUAAUGACGAUAUUUAUUGGAUCCAACGAUAUAUGUCAUGCAUGCGUUGUCAAUUCAUCCUUACCAGCACCUUAUACUAUCAACGUACAACAAGCAAUAGAAAGGAUCCGACUAACAAUUCCAAAUGUAUUGGUUCAAUUAGUGGGAAUGAUUCGAGUGGAUGAAAUUUUUACGGCAACACAAGCUUAUCCCUCUUAUUGUCAACCGUUUGCUCACAACAAUUUUGUCCUACACGAUCAUGAAUGUAUGUGUGCUCAUUCAGAAACUAAUCGAACAAUCAUGGCUCAAUUGGUUCCUCAAUACAACGAUGCUCUUCAAAAAGUGGCAGCUUAUUAUCAAUCUCCUAUGUAUGCAAAUGAUUCUUUUGCUGUGGUAUAUCAUCCUUUACCAGUGGAUGUCAACACUUUUCCUAUUCAAGCUAUUAGGUAA